AUCCUUCGCUUCUCCCAGCAGCACCACGGGUGCUCCCACCUGCGGAGAACUGGAGUCUGGUGAUGCCCAGGGGCUUCUGGGAAUUGUAGUUCUGGGCAGAAUGAGGGCAACCCGCCUGGUUCCGCUCCUUCUUACGCAUGCGCGACUCCAAGCUGGCCCAAGAAGUUCAUACCCUUUGUGAAGCCGGGGAUGGGAGGGUCCAGCUCCGUAGGACCGAGGCAGAUUCCACCGUGAGGAAGAAACCCGACCCAAUCUGACCCAGGCCUUUCAUCAGAGCCCAGGAGGGAAGCCAGGAAGUGGGACCACGAGGCCCGGGCUUCUAACUCGUCUGGCCAGAGAGGUCUGAAUUGGGGUGAAGAGCAGAAUCUCCAUAACAAGGAGGAGGUGGUGAUCAUGGAGACAGAGUUGACUGAAAUGUCUGAGAAAAGAGCUCUGUUUUCCCAGGAUUCUCCCCAUUUCCAAGAGAGGAGUACAGAAGAGGGAGAAGUAGCUGCUCUGCGCCUCACGGCCAGAUCCCAGGAGACAGUGACAUUCAAGGAUGUGGCCAUGGACUUUACACCAGAGGAGUGGGGGAAGCUGGAUCCUGCACAAAGGGAUGUGAUGCUGGAGAACUAUAGGAACCUGGUCUCACUAUGGCUUCCAGUUUCCAAACCUGAGAACUACACCUUGGAGAAUGGAAAAGAACCAUUGAAGCUUGAGAGAAAAGCCCCUAAAAACAGCUAUUCAGACAUGAAGACUAGACCAGAGAGCAAGGAUUCAACUUCAGUGCAAGAUUUUUCUAAAGCAGAAUCAUGCAAAGUUGCAAUAAUAGACAGACUGACAAGAAAUAGUGUCUGUGACUCCAACUUGGAAACAGCUCUUGAAUGUGAAAAUUGGUUAGAGAAUCAGCAAGGAGAUGGGGAGAGACAUUUGAGAGAAAUGUUCACUCACAUGCAUUCACUCUCUGAGGAAACAGACCAUGAGCAUGAUGUGUAUUGGAAAAGCUUCAAUCAGAAGUCUGUCCUUAUCACUGAAGACAGAGUUCCCAAAGGAUCUUAUGCCUUCCAUACACUUGAAAAAAGAUUGAAACAAAAAUCAAACUUAAUGAAAAAGCAGAGAACUUAUAAAGAGAAAAAACCUCAUAAAUGUAAUGAUUGUGGUGAACUCUUCACCUACCAUUCAGUGCUUAUUCGACACCAGAGAGUCCAUACUGGAGAGAAACCCUAUACCUGCAAUGAAUGUGGGAAAUCUUUUAGCCACAGAGCUAAUUUAACUAAACACCAGAGAACUCAUACUAGAAUUCUCUUUGAAUGCAGUGAAUGCAAGAAAACCUUUACAGAAAGCUCAUCCCUUGCAACACAUCAGAGAAUUCACAUUGGAGAGAGACCUUAUGAAUGCAAUGAAUGUGGGAAAGGUUUUAAUCGAAGUACACAUCUUGUGCAGCAUCAGUUGAUUCAUACUGGAGUGAAGCCUUAUGAAUGUAAUGAAUGUGAUAAAGCUUUUAUUCAUUCAUCAGCACUCAUUAAACAUCAAAGAACUCAUACUGGAGAGAAACCUUAUAAAUGUCAAGAAUGUGGGAAAGCCUUUAGCCAUUGCUCAUCCCUAACUAAGCAUCAGAGGGUUCAUACUGGAGAAAAGCCAUAUGAAUGCAGCGAAUGUGGGAAAACAUUUAGUCAGAGCACACAUCUUGUUCAACAUCAGAGAAUUCAUACUGGAGAGAAACCCUAUGAGUGUAAUGAAUGUGGGAAAACCUUCAGCCGGAGCUCAAAUUUUGCUAAACAUCAAAGAAUUCAUAUUGGAAAGAAACCAUACAAAUGUAGUGAGUGUGGAAAAGCCUUCAUUCAUUCAUCAGCUCUUAUUCAACAUCAGAGAACUCACACCGGAGAGAAACCCUUUAGAUGUAUUGAGUGUGGGAAAAGCUUUAAGUGCAGUUCAUCUCUCAUCAGACAUCAAAGAGUUCACACUGAAGAGAGGCCCUAAAAAAUUACUGAAUGUAAAAAAAUGUAAGUUGGUUUUAUCACUAUGUUAAAUACUUGAGUGUUUAGGUGGAAGACCCAUCCAUAAUAUGCAUGUGAGGACCAAUUCUCUAUGCAUCUAAUUUCAUUUAUAAUACAUAGUUUUGAGCCAUAGACAGGUUCCUUAUGUACAUUAUUUGAUAAUUAUAAAAUCUAGCCAGCAAUUUCAAAAUUUUAAUCUCCAACCUCUCAAAUAGCUAUUUGUAGAAAUUCAAGAAGUCCCUGAGAGUGGGUAGCAGUACAAACAUUGUAAAUUCUAGUUUUCUCCACUCUGGGUUAUGCCAGAGCUUUGUUGUAGCCUCUCGCUUUGUAAGGAAAUUCUUAUUGGGUAGAUUAGGCUGAGGGCUUAUAUCCUCAUCAGGAAGACACAGUGUUGUUAUUUAUUACUCCGUGAGUCCCAAGUAGAGAUCUAGAUAUACAUAUGGUGUAAUUCCUCCAGACUGUCAUUUCUUUUAUAUUAGCCAUAAAAAACCAAAAAGGCAGGGUUGAAAGUCAUUAGGAUUCCCUUCCUCCCCCAACAAGUUGCUGUCCAAUUUGAUGACCAUAACUAGGAUGUAUAACAUUUACAGAUGAUUCUAAGUUAUGUUCACAUGGAUUAUGUUCAUCAUUGAUUUAUAUCAUUGUUAUCCCUCUACUGUGGUAACCUUCUUUGAUUUUCCGUUUCCCUUGGAGUUGAUGUGAAGUAAUGAAUGAGUCAAAAUCUUAACGGUGGUUGUUGAUCAAGUUAUUAUUUUCUUAUCCUUGGCAGUGAAUGAAUCCUUGGUUUUCUAUAAUCAAAGUGUCAGGGAGACUUCAUUUCUCUAUUUCUGUAAGCUGUGUUGUGUCCUUUUGAGAAAAAGCUCCAGGGAUAUUGAGGGUCUGAAAAGUUGAUAGGUUCAGUGUGUUAUUAUAUUUAGGGUCCCAGUAAAGAAGAACUGAAGCAACUGUGAGACACCAGGGCAUACUUCCCUGUAUGAGUGGAAAACAGGUACAGAAAAUAGUUCAUAGGAUAGUCCUCAAUUGACUUGCUUGAGGAUAAGCAGCUUCCCUUUAUGAAGAAGUUGCCAUUUCUCUGGACUUAAUAUUUACCUGCUUUUUGUUGUUGUUGUUGUCUUUAUUAGUUCAGUCUCACACUGCUAUAAAGAAAUGCUUGAGACUGGGUAAUUUAUAAAGAAAAAAUGUUUAAUUAGCUAAUGGUUCCAUGGGCUAUACAGGAGGUAUGACUGGGGAGGCCUCAGGAAGCAUUUACUCAUGGCAAAAGGCAGAGCCAGAGCAAGUAUCUUCACAGGGAUGGAGCAGGAGGAAGAGAGAGAGGGAAGAUGCUACACACUUUUUAACUAAAUCUCAUGAGACCUCUAUAUCAUGAGACAGCACUAGGGGGAAUGGUGCUAAGAUUCUUGAGAAACUACCUGUAUGAUCCAGUCACCUUGCACCAGGCCCCACCUCCAAUGCUGGGGAUUACAAUUCAACAUGAGAUUUGGGUGGGGACACAGAUCUAAACCAUAUCAUUGUCAUUCUCUAUAUGUUGGUUGGUCUUUAUCCGAGACCUCUGAAGAAGGUAGACAAAUCAUGAAACCACAGUGACAUAGUAGCAUAAGUUACAUUGGUGACCAAAGACUGGUGAGGAAUUGGAAACAAUGCAAAAGGUCAAAUAAAUAUUUAGCAAAACACUA